AUGGUCUACAAAUAUGACCUGGAUAAUGACGAGGUAUCAGAUACCAUUAGUCAGAAGUAUCCGGCGCUAUGCCAAUUUUUAAAAUCACCUGACAGCAAUCUGCUGCCAGAAAUAUUAACAUAUUCUUGCGUAGCAGUUUUAAAGAAGCUCAUAAAAACUAAAUUUACGAAAUUAGCAGAACCAAAAAAUCUGCUAGUACUAAUCGAAAAGAUGCUGCUCUAUAAUUCAACGACAACUAUCCUCCUAAUUAAUCUGUUACGAUACUGCGAUAGUCAGCCUUUUGUUGGCGAAUGGAUGCGCAAGAUCAGGGUCAAGUACGGUGAUUAUUUCCAGCAAACGUCCUUCCCGUCGUUUUACAGCUAUGUAAUCGAUGAUGACACCAAUAACAACGUUCACUGCGAAUAUUUCAUAAAAAUAUCACCACAGCUGGAGAGCUACAUAGGAUUCUUCCUGUUAGCGAACAAUAACCAUAAUUUUUACAUCGAUCUACUUUUUGAGAAGGAAAUAAUGAACAAAAAAAUCGCCAGGAACGCUUUAAAUUACUUGGUUGGCCUGGACAUAAAUGAUAACCUGAUAAUGCUCUACGGCGCAGUGCUAAGGCGUUAUAACCUUGAGGAAUAUAGCGUGGAUUUGAAAGAAGUGAAAAACGUUCUAGAUGAUAUAAAAAAAUUGAAUAUAAAGAGAUACUUUGCCAUUAUAGAGAGCGGUAAACCCUUUAUAAAUAGGGAAUUUUACCACAUCACUCUUCUUCAAUCCAAGAAAUGGGAUGGAUAUUUGCAAAUGUUGUUCUGGAAGAUUCUGAUAUACCAAAAAAUAGCAUUUGAUUGGACAGUGCCUAACAACAGCAAUAACAAUGAAUUUGGAAAGGAUGCGCUUAUGGUACUAGAUAACCUUCAAUAA